AUGUCUUUACGAUUUCGGCCUGAAGGCAAGGAAAGCAGAUGGGUGCAGGUUGCCUGUGUUCCUGUAUUCGACAAUUCUUCCCGGGUUGUCAGUAUCACGGGGUGCGCUACGGAUAUCGAUGCACAGAAGCAGGUCGAGCAUGAAGCCAUCGUCAAGCGCGCCGUAGCCCUCAAGCAGCUUCACUUGAGCGAGGCUCGUCUUCUGAAUCUCAUCGAAAAUGCGCCACUCGGGAUUUUAAUCUUCGACAAAGCCAGACGUCCUUCUUUUGUCAACAAAACCUGGUUUCAGAUGACUGGACAUCCAUCAGUGCCGGUCAAGAAUGUCGACAUCCGCUCGAUCAUAUUCCCAAAGGAUAUUCCCGAGUUUGACAAGAACUUGGACGAUGUCUGGCGGACUGGAGAUUUUGUAGACAUGACGAGUCACGAGACCGACAUUACGAAGCGCCUCCACGAGCUCAACAGCAACAUGGUUGACGCGGUUGAGACUAUCAUGUCCUGCACUAUGCACCAGAAACGUAUCAUCGACGACAUUCUUUCCCUUUCGAAGCUUGACUCCAACCUACUGGAGAUUUGCCCUACCGUUUUCCAAGUAAAGAGUUUUCUUGCAAGGAUUGAAAGCACAUUCAAGCUUGAGGCCAUGCAAGCUGGUGUGGCGCUUGUAACAAUACCGGAUCCCUCGCUGAGCCGGCUUGGAGUUGAUCAUAUCGAGGCGGAUCCUGGUCGGAUCAUGCAAGUGCUCGUCAAUCUGGUUGUCAACGCCAUCAAGUUUACCAAAGAUGGAGCCGGAUGCAAGACAGUCACUGUGCGUAUAGGCGCAUCACCCAGGCCUCCCAUGGAUGUCUUUGUGGACCUCACAAUGGUAACUCAAAAUCCUUCACGGGCAGAUGAACCGACGACGGCGAUGAAGACAACCGCAGAAACCCUCUAUUUGUGGUGUAGUGUCAAGGACACAGGUUGUGGGAUGGAUGCUGCUUCCAUGAAGCGCAUCUUCUCUCGCUUCACACAAGCUUCCCCCAAGACAUACGGCAAGUACGGCGGAUCUGGGCUAGGCCUCUUCAUUAGCAGAAAACUAGCAGCUUUACAGGGAGGAGAGAUUGGGUUCACGUCUCAGGAAAGCGUGGGCUCCACAUUUGCUUUCUACGUCAAAGCGACUAGAGCACGUCCAGCUGAAGGACUCUUACCUCUCAUUAUCCCCGAUGGGUCAGCUCCAGUCAAAGGGGUACUGGCGCAGUCUCCCAUUGUCACAUCCGAACGUCCGCAACAUCCACAGAAAGAUCAGCUGAGCAUUCUUCUCGUAGAAGACAACCUGGUCAACCAGCGAGUGUUGAAGAAACAAUUGCAACGUCAUGGUUACCACGUCUACACAGCAGACAACGGGCAAGAUGCUUUCGAUUUCAUCAAAACCACAAGACAUUGGAAAUGCGUCGCCAAAUCCUUGGAGCCUCCCCCAUCUAUUGAUAUCAUCUUGAUGGAUAUAGAGAUGCCCAUCGUAGACGGUCUCCAAUGCACAAACAUGAUACGUGCUGCGCAGAAGGACGGAUCCAUCGAUAAACACCUCCACAUCGUCGCUGUCACCGCAAAUGCAAGACCUGAGCAGCUGAAGCGCGCGAUUGAGGCCGGAAUGGAUGACUCGGUAUCGAAGCCCUUUCGAGUCAAAGAUCUAGCACUUGUCAUAGAACGGCUAAGCGCUCGACGAUAG